UAUGAGUGUGACUUGGUUACUCAUACCUGUAAGGAACCAUCUCCAUCAAUCAACUGGGCUUUCUCUCAUUAAUAUUGUCUAUCUCUCCCCAACCUUCAUCCACCAUACCCUUUUAUCAACACCCCUUCUUCUCUAUCUACUCUGUUCUCACAUAUUCUAGGGUUUUCACCAAAAAAAGAAACAAUUCCCUUUCUUGUACAUGUAAUUAAGUGUCUUUAGUGUAACCCAUAAGAAAGUAUUUCAACACCCAGAUCUGAUUUUCAUGUUCUUGAUUGUUAUUCAUGAAGCUCUAGUGAAAUACUCUGUUUCUGUAAAGCAUUCACUUUCAAGAAAUUUAGGGAAGAUAGUUGUUUAGAACCAAGAAUUGAAAUGGGUGUUUGCUUCAGUGCUCUAAUUAAAGACAAGAACCCAUUUCACACAGGGGCAGAUUCAGAUGUUAAUGAUCACAGCACUUCAAACAGCAGUAAGGUAUCAACUGUGCCGCCAACACCCCGCAGUGAAGGCGAGAUAUUACAGUCACCCAAUUUGAAAAGUUUUAGCUUUUCUGAUCUGAAAAUGGCCACCAGAAAUUUCCGACCCGAUAGCGUGUUGGGAGAAGGCGGGUUCGGGUCAGUUUUCAAGGGCUGGAUAGAUGAACAGUCUUUCACUGCUACUAAGCCCGGAACCGGUGUUGUUAUUGCUGUCAAAAAGCUUCAUCAAGAAAGUUUUCAAGGUCACAGGGAAUGGCUGGCAGAAGUGAAUUAUCUCGGGCAAUUUUUGCACCCGAAUCUCGUACAAUUGAUCGGAUAUUGUUUGGAGGACGAGCAACGGCUUUUAGUGUACGAAUUCAUGCCUCGUGGGAGCUUGGAAAAUCACUUAUUUAGGAGAGGAUCUUAUUUUCAACCAUUAUCGUGGAGUCUCCGGUUAAAGGUUGCUCUCGGAGCUGCUAAAGGACUUGCUUUUCUUCAUGGUGCGAAAGCAAAAGUGAUUUAUCGCGAUUUCAAGACUUCUAAUGUGUUGCUAGAUUCGGACUACAACGCAAAGCUAUCAGAUUUCGGGCUAGCCAAGGAUGGACCGAUCGGUGAUAAGAGCCACGUCUCGACUAGAGUCAUGGGGACGUACGGAUACACGGCUCCUGAGUAUCUAGCCACCGGUCAUUUAACGUCUAAGAGUGAUGUCUACAGCUUUGGGGUGGUUCUUCUUGAAAUGUUAUCGGGCCUAAGAGUAGUAGACAAAAACCGACAAUUGGGCAAACACAGUCUAGUCGAAUGGGCCAAGCCCUACCUGGCCCACAAACGUAAAGUUUUACGGGUCUUGGAUAGUCGUCUCGAAGGCCAAUACACGGUUGAAGCAGCCUAUGCAGUUGCGAACGUAGCGUUACGGUGUUUAUCGUUUGAGCCCAAGUUCAGGCCCAAUAUGGCGGACGUGGUCAAAGAACUCGAGAAGCUUCAGGAGCCGAUAGAACCACGACCCCGAAGACAUUCGAGUCACGGAAACCUGCCCCGGAGACACUCGGGUCAAGGAACCCGACCAAGGAGAGUGAGCUCGGGGGACGUUUCUGUUGCUGAUGGUGGUGAACCGAUCACAUAUCCCGGGCCUCAAGCUUCUCCAAGUAGCAAGUGAUGUCAAGAAAAGAAGACUAAUUGGGCUAAAUGAUUGUAUAGUUAUUUGGGCUAACUAAGUUUGAGCACAGACCAUAAUUAUUUGACCCAAUUUGUAUUUUUAGAUUUUGAGCUUUCCACUAAGUUUCAUCAAACUGGCCACACUACUGGUCAACCACUUGACCAGACUAAA